AUGAAUGCUACAGAGGAGGCCUCCAGUGCCCACUUCACAGUGGACAAACAGAACAUCUCCCUCUGGACCCCAGAGACUCUUCCUAAGCAAGGUCCGAAUCUGGUCCUGAGACAACCUCUUACCGUUCGUGUGGUUUUAAUCUGUCUGUCACUGACCCUGGCCACUUCUGUUGUCCUUCAGGUCAUUCUGUAUCCCUGGCUGAUGGGCACACUAUCAGAUGUAAAGACUGAUGCUCAGGUAUUGAAAAGUCGUGUGGAUAACAUCAGCACCCUUGGUUCUAAAGUUCUGAAGAACAGCAAAGGCAUGGAGGCAGCUGGCAGUCAGAUCCAGAUGCUGCAUGUUAGCCUUGAUCAGGUGAAUUCUCACAUCUCGACAUUGAGGAACAGUGUGGACAAAGCCAAUGCACAGAUCCAGAACUUAACAAGAAGUUGGAAGGAAGUUGAUUCCUUAAAUAGCCAAAUUCCAGAGUUGAAAAGAGAUUUUGAUAAAGCCAAUACUUUACAUGCAAAGGUCCAGGGACUACAGAGCAGCUUGGAGAAUAUCAGCAAAUUGCUCAAAGAACAAAAUGAUGUUCUGCAGAUGGUUUCCCAAGGUUGGAAGUACUUCAGAGAGAACUUCUACUACUUUUCUCAUACUCCAAAGACCUGGUACAGUGCUCAGCAGUUUUGUGUGUCCAGGAAUUCAAACCUGGCUUCAGUGACCUCAGAGGCUGAGCAGGAGUUUCUGUACAAGACAGCAGAUGGACGUCCGCAUUGGAUUGGCCUGACUAAAACAGGGAGUGAAGGGAAUUGGUCCUGGGUGGAUGGCACUCCAUUCAACAGUGUCCAGAGUAAGAGGUUCUGGAUUCCAGGUGAGCCCAACAAUCUGGGAAACAACGAACACUGUGGCAAUAUAAAAGUGUCCUCACUCAAGUCCUGGAACGAUGAUUCCUGUGACAGUAAGCUCCUUUUCAUCUGUAAACUGCCCCAUCAGAGCUAUGACACGACUGCCCACAUCAACCCUUGA